AUGUCAGCCAAUUCCGGUCCGGGAUUUCAGGCUCCGCCCCAAGUGGGCAACCGUCCUGCCAACACACAACGGCAGUACAAGAGAUCGUACAUGGCCUGCAUACGAUGUCGACAGACCAAAGCGAAAUGUGAGAUUUCGCCGGACUCGGCAUCCUGCGUGAAGUGCUUGCGCGAAAGGCGCGAGUGUGUCUUUACCGCUGAACGGUCAACGAAGAAGCGAAAGUAUAGUGGUUCUUUGGGCCACAUCAACGGCAAGCACUCGGUCUCAACGACCAGUGCAUCUUCACCAGUCCAGCCCGAGGACCUCGCACCGCCACGGUCGGACCCACGGCAAAAUCAAGCUGCUCGCAGGGAGACAGGCGGCUCAGGCUACGAGUCUGAUGUUGUGCGCACAGUCGUUGCCACUUCUCACGAUGCUCUUGGCCUCCUGUUCAAGGCUGUGGAGCAGCAGGAAGCUGAUGAAGGUCGCAACUCGCGUUCAGCGCCAGAUCUGAAUGGGGACGAUUCUCCUGCAACCGUGUCCUCCAUCCGCGGACUACCAAUAACUCCAUCCACUCUGGUCCCGUCCACAUCAAGGCUACUGGAUCUUUGGCGGAAACACCGUUUCGUCAGAUAUGGCUGGCUCUCCGCUCAAGAGGCCACAACCUAUGUCGAGCUCUUCUUUCGCAACAUCCUUCCACUGUCGCCAUUGGCGUCAGCUCUCUCAGUGGAUUCAUCGAGAGGCGCACAAUUCAUCCUCGAGGAGCCACUUCUCUCGAGUACUGUCCUUACAAUUUCCACGCGAUAUCACAUCCUAUCUGGGAUGAGCGGAGCAUCACGAGCAGAGUUUCUGCAUAAGCGGCUGUGGAAUACAUGCCAGUCGCUCAUCCAGAGGCUGCUAUUUGGGCAGGACAAGUUUCCAGCCUCCACACGCUCGAUCGGUAGUAUCAAAGCUUUACUCCUGCUCACCGAGUGGUUUCCACGGGCGCUGCAUUUUCCUCCAGAGAACGAAGGGUGGGAUGCAAGUCUUGCAAUCGAUGCGACUACCGACGUCGACCAAUCACCUGCGCAUGGAUCCUCUGACAAGAUCAAAUGGCGGGAAGAAGUCUUUGAGCCUGCUAAGCGGUCUGACAAGAUGAGUUGGACGCUGCUUGGCCUAGCUACUACCCUCGCUCACGAACUGUGUGUAUUCGAAGAGUGCCCAGAUGAGGAUGCUUACGAAAUCUCACCCGAAGCUAGGGUCCAAAUGAGACGCUUGCUGUUCUUGUACGUGUCACAACUAUCGCUCAGACUGGGAUGCAGCAGUCCUCUCCCCCGAGAGAUCACAUCAACGCUCAGCUAUCCUGCUGCUACAUGGCAGGAUCCCAUCUCGCAGGAUUGGCAUCGACUCAUAGAUCUGUGGAUCGAAAUCACGAAGCUGAGGAAAGCGACGACUGAUAUGUGCUUCCCAAGCAAGUCAUCGACCAAAAAUCUCAUAGGUGUCGGUCGAUAUAGUACAAUACUGGAACACUUCCGACCACUGCUCGCUCAGUGGCAUAAUCACUACGAUGAGUUUCAGCCACGGACGCUGCAUCAUUCGUCAAAACUAAUGGUGUUUCUCGACUACGCUUUUGUGAGAAUGUACACAAAUUCGCUGGCCAUUCAGGCGGUGGUCGAGCGAGCCAAAACAAAGAUGCCUGUCACGGCUCUCGACUACGACUUCCUCAUGAAGGACAACCACCACGACUAUGUGUUCAUACAGGAAGUAGUCGAAUCGUGCCGAAACGUGCUGCAGAUCGCCGUCGAUCUUGCAGAAGGCGACGUCUUGAGAUUCUGUCCAGUCCGCGUGUUCGUCUCCAUAACUUCGGCUUCGGUGUUCUUACUCAAGGCGAUCAGCCUCGGCACUCGCAGGUCUGAGCUUCAGAUAUCAUUAGAGGUGCUGGACAAGUGCAUUUAUGCGCUCAAAACGAACAUAUGCGACGACAUACAUCUGUCGUCGCGCUAUGGCAUGCUACUUGAGCGCCACGUUCGAAAAUUCCGUCACAACUUUCAAGUCCACAGUAACAUUGCUGCCACACCAGCGGAUACUGGACGAAGGCCAUCAAUUGCCGAUGUACCGGCUCCCACUCCACCGCCAGUGCAGCAGCAGCAACAUCAGCCGCAGCCUCAAGCGACUGCCAAUGGGGCCUAUCAGAAUAACAGGAUUAUACACUUCGACGACUCGGAAUUACAGAACGGCUUUCCUACAGACAUGGACGAUUGGCUGGCCCAACCAUUCGACGCGUCAUUUGCGCCUUUCGGCACAGAUAUUGAUCAGGGCAUCACUGGUAUGGACAUGGGCUCGUUGGACUUUCUAUGGAAUAUACCAGCCUCGACAUAA